AUGGCAGAAGCGAAAGGCCCCCUGGAUGGAAUACGUGUAAUCGACUUGGGUCGGCACCAGGCCGGUCCCCGUUGCGCGCAAGUGUUGGCCCGAUUGGGUGCGGAAGUCAUCAAGGUCGAGCGGUUGGGCGGAGAAGAAACCCGCUACCACGCUCCCUGGGUGCGCAAGCAGUCCGCAUACUGGGUGCAGUACAACAGCGGCAAGAAGAGCCUCAGCAUCGACCUGCGCAAGGACCAGGGUAAAGAGGUCCUUACCAAGCUGGUAAAAGUUUCCGAUGUGCUGUUGCAGAAUUUCCGGCCCGGCACCAUCGACACCAUGGGAUUCGGGUAUGACGUUCUCUACGAACUGAACCCGCGCAUCAUCAUGGUCAACGUCUCCGCCUACGGUCAGUUCGGGCCCUAUAGCGACCAGAUUGGCUACGACCCCAUCGGCCAAACCAUGUCCGGCAUCGCAAUGGUUACGGGUGAAGAGGGUAUGCCACCCAUCCGCGCCGGCGUGCCGAUCAUUGACCGCACCACCGCAUUGCACGCUGCCAUCGGAACGCUGGCCGCGCUGCACGAGCGUGAAUCGUCGGGCGUUGGGCAGACCAUUGAUGCCUGUCUUGCCGAUACUGGUUACAGCUACACCGAGAUUCCCAUUACUGCCUAUCACGGCGCGGGCAUCGAGCCCAAGCGCGGUGAGUCGGCAGCGCCGCCCUCGGGCACCUACCCCUGCAAAGAUGGCUGGGUGCUCAUCUCGGCAGGCGACCAGCACCAUUGGCACCGCGUCUGCAACGCACUGGGCAAGCCGGAAUGGCUGGAAGACCCCCGUUUCACCACCCGCCACGAGCGCGGCGCGAACGGCGAGUUGGUCAACGAAGCCAUGAUCGCACUGAUGGCCAACUUGACUAUGAAGGAAGCCAUCGCCCACUUCACCCACCACGACGUGGUAGCGGCCCCGGUGAACACCAUCGCCCAGGCUGCCCAGGAUCCGCAUCCGUGGGAGCGUCGGGCCAUGGUGGAAGUUCCCGACUUCCUGGCUGGCAGCAUCGCGGUAUCCGGCGACUUCUGGCACUUCAGCCGCACACCGGCGGUAAUCGGUUCAACCCCGCAGGUUGGCGAGCACAACGAAGACGUCCUGACCGGACUCCUCGGCUACAGUGAAGACGAAGUGCAGUCGAUGUAUGAAGCCAACGUGAUCGGCACCUUCCAUCACUACGACGAAGUCCCUGGCUAA